UAGGUGCCUUUCUUGGCAGCAACACACUAUCUGGGCUAUAAAUGAAGAAAAUGGAUAAAUUUGGAAAGCAUGGCAGAUAUGGAUUUGUUAGAACUCGAUUUCCUAGACCCCAGAUCAUCUUGCAGCCAGUCCUAUCCUCUGGACACACAGAAAUUUGCAGCAUUAGAAAUUGCCCUUGCAAGAUGAAUUACUUUUCCCGGAAGAGCUCCUCAGAGAUUCCACCUUUGGAAUACAGGCCGUCCCAGAGAGAUUCAUCAAAUAACCUAGCCAUGGAUACUUUUUGGCUAGAAGUAGAGAGCAUCAAAGAGAGCACUGAAUCUGAGUCUGAUGAGGGCAGCCUUACAGAAGCCAAGCUCCUAGAAGAGGGAGAAGCUGAAGCUGAAUGGCUGCAGGAUGCAGGACUCUCUGACCUAAUGGAGGACCAUGAAGAGAAUAGCAACAUUGUCCUGCUGUCCACUUUGACCAAGACUCAGGCCGCGGCUGUGCAGCGAAGGUUGGAUACUUAUACCCGCUCCCGACGGAAGAAAAAUAAGCAGCCUAUCCGUGAUGUCAGAGACAUUUUUGGAGUAGUUGAGUCUGGGGAAACUGAACCAGUGAUGGAGUCUGAAAUGGAUCGACGUCACCGCAGGUCUGCAUCAUCUAACAACCUUCAGAAAUAUCCAGUGGGAAUCCCGGACUUUCAGUCUCCACUGAGAGAUUCUGUGAGAGAAGAAUUAUUCAGCACUGAGGUUGCCUAUUCAGAGCAGGCUGCGAUCCUGCUCAAAGGAUCAUUCCCAAGGGAAUCCAGGAGAAUAAAGGAAGAGAGUUGUUUACCUAAGUUUAAGAUCCCCAAGGGGAGGCUGGGAGUAACCAGGACAGAAGAUCUGUCUCUGCAGGACAUGAAGAAAAUUCCUACCCUAGCACUCAUUGAACUAACCGCACUUUGUGAUAUUGUUGGCUUAGAGCUGAAGAGGAACAAGGCAGUUAAACGAAAGUCAUCAGACCACAAACUUUUUGGAGUUGCACUUGGCACUUUGCUGGAAAAUGAUCAAAAGCGCCUUCCAAACACCAGGGUUCCACUGAUUCUGCAAGCGUUGCUUUCAUGCUUGGAAAAGAAAGGGCUGGAUACAGAAGGAAUCCUGAGAGUUUCAGGAUCCCAGUCUCGCAUUAAGUGUUUGGAACAAAAACUGGAAAAUGAGUUCUACACUGGCUUCUUCCGGUGGGAUGAGGUGCAUCAAAAUGACGUCUCUGGUCUGCUGAAGAGAUUUAUUCGAGAGUUACCCACACCUCUUCUAACAGCAGAAUACUUGCCUGCCUUUGCAGCUGUGCAGAAUAUCACAGAUUUGAUACAGAGGCUGCAGGCUCUCAAUCUGCUCAUACUGAUUUUACCAGAACCUAACCGAAACACCCUGAAGGCACUACUGGAAUUCCUUAAGCUGGUAGUUACCAGAGAAAGAAAAAACAAGAUGAGCCUCUGGAAUGUUUCCACAGUGAUUGCUCCAAACCUCUUCAUGCACAAGAGUUUGCCAAGCAAGAUCCCAGAAGGAAAAGAGAAGCAGCUGGCAGAAGGAGCAGCAGAUAUUGUUCGAAUGAUGAUCCAUUAUCAAGCUUUGCUCUGGACUGUUCCUUCUUUCUUGGUAACUCAAAUAAGAAAACUGAAUGAGAACAGCAGCUGGAAGUAUCAGUUCUACGACAGGAGGAUCAAGAAUCUGUUAAAAAAGAUUCAUGCAGACAAGGAAAAGACAGAAAAGAACAAUGUUGAACCUUGCAAAAUUAUCAAAAUCCAGGCUUCCUUGUUCUUAAAAGACUCACUGGAAGUUCAUUUAACUCAUGGAACAAAAGUAGCUGAUGUUCUGAGACAGUUCCAGAAGAACCUUGGUCAGAACGGCUGGAAUAUUGUCAGCACAGUCAACAUUAUCAAAUGUAAUGGUUCAGUGGAUUCAAUGAACUUCCUACUUUAUGAAGUUGGCGGUAACAUAAAUGAACAUUGCCUGGAUCCAGAUACAUAUCUUUUAGACCUGUACCAUGUGAAUCCUCAUGCAGAAUGGAUUAUAAGGCAAACCCCGUCUUUUCCAAGAACACCUUAGGGAAACUGCUUUGUAAAACAACAACAACAAUGGAACCAAGAAUUUGUAUUAAAUUGUUUAAACAAAGAUGAAAUGUUGGAACCAAGCACCAUAUGUUCAUGAAGAUAACAGUUUAAAUGGAGCAGUAGCUCCAAAAUUGGAAAAUUAGCAAUUCCCUUUGAAUGUCAUUUGAGACAUAGCCAAUAGAAGAUGACAGUAUUGAAUGAUAACAUGGCUUAUAUCAUAGAAAAGCUGGUAGGAAAAAAAAAAAGGUCGGAAAGCAUUUGGAAAAACUCAUGCAGAUAAUCUGAUUUUAAGGUUUGUUCACAUCAGAGCAUAUCUCAAUAUGCAAUAGCUGGUUAUCAGUGUUGACUUUUAUAAUGUGAAACUGAAUAUUUGAAUUAAGGCUUCUUGUACAACCAUAUAAUUUUUAAAAAAUAUUGCUUUAUCCUAUUGCUUUAUUUCUGGAGAGCUUAAUUGAUAACCAGCUGCCUAGAAUAUAGGAGGAAAAUUGAUUACUAUAGUGGGAGUACUGCUUUAAGAAUGCUUCUGUCCAUGGAUGGGGUGAUCAUGCUAUACACAAGUAAUAACUGUAAGUAAAGAAAGUCUUCUGUAAUGAUUUUGAACAUUGCAGAUUUACAUAGAAGUGUUAGUAUAAGUUCAGUUUUACAAUGACAUUUUUAAAAAGAAUAUGUCACAAUAAACCGUCUCAGUAUUAUUGUUUAUAUACAUUUUUCUCAUAUUCAAAUUGGAUUUCAUAUCGUAAUAUAUUUUCUUCUGCAAAGAUCCCCAAUUAGAAAUUUCUUACAUAUUUUUUUCUAAGACAAUUCAUAAGUAUCUGAGCCAUACAAUAAUUUAAUAUUGAUGCCUUUUUGUUUCUUUGAUAUACUUUUAUAAAAAAAAUCACUUAUGAAUGUAUUUAGGAAAGAUCUGUUGCAUUCUCAAGAAAGCCAUGAUACUUCACUUGGACAUAAAUGUACAUCCGAUACCAACUUUUUCAAACCACAUGCCAAAGGAAACCCAUGUAUUAGUAACACAAUAUUUUUUAUUUUGCAACUUUUGGAGAAUUCAUUUUGAAGAUUUAUUUUUAAUACAUUGUAUUAGGUAGUUCACCAAGCCUUGGAAUUUUGUUGUAUGAUAGAAUUGCAGAAGUGUGUGGAAAUGAUGCUGCUAAAAGUGAUAAUUUUAUGUAUGUAAUUUCUCCACCUUCUCAGUGUUUAAACAUCCUGAAACCUGGUACCUUUAGAUGUGUUGGACCUCAGCUUCCCAUAGACUGACUUGGGAAUUGAAGACCAAAAUAUACAUGGAAGGAAUUAAGUUGUUAUAAUUACUUCCAUUUAUCACUGUAGUUUUCUCCUUCUAGAUAGUGAUAAUUCCCAAGAACAUUCUGAUAGCAUACAUUGGACUAAUCAAGUAAGCUUAAGUAUAUCAAAGCCUAACUCAGACUAGUUGUCGACUAAGUCCUUUGAAUAUUGAUACAAAUUAUUUUGAUACAUCAGAUGAAACAGAUUCAUACCAGUACAAUAAAUGAUGCAGCUUGUAGAGCACACAGAUAGUCGAAUGGAAAAAAAGUUUUGAUCCAUCAGGAGAAACUUUGUGUGAGAUACCGAAAGUAAAUAGUAGUGGAUAAAAAUGUUUACUUUGAUAUUUAUAAAAAUCUCAAUGCUAUAACAAUGAGGCCAGACUUUUUAAAACAAAUAUUGUUGAAAUAGAUUUUUGACAUAAUAAUGAUAUGAGUGUUAUAAAGGAGACACCUGUAAUAUAUAAGGGAAAACACCGUCCUUAAUUCUGUCCUUAACUUGAUUUUUUAAAAUCAUUUUGAUAUGUUUUGUGUCCUUGUUGACAGUAGUUAAAGCAGUGAAGCAUAAACUGCAUGUUUUUAAUAAUGGUUUUUAUUAAUAUUUUAAUGCUGUGUUUAAAACAGUUAUACAAUAAAUAACUAAACA